CAGGUGGGAAGCGGUUCAAGGUGAACUAGGGAGAAAACCCCGAGCAAGGACGUUUUUGGCGGGUCGUGAGGGGAGGUCGUUGGUCUUUGACAUCGAAGCAAAGAGCGCGUUUUAUGCAGCUCUCCCCCUCAGCAGAAAACUGCCUUGAAGGGAAAACGAGACUCAACUGUGUCAGUUGGGGAGAUCGAGAGACCCAACGGGUGUGGGAGGAGCCAGAGCAACCGACACCCAACACCGCGCGACCACCGGUCCGGCCGGCUGAGGGGAGAAGCGUGGCUCCUCCUCUCAUCGUCGAUGACGGAGCCAGGCACGCCUCCUCCAACCCGGCUGCUCUCGCUCUCCUCUGCGCGCGUGCGCCCUGAAGCACUCGCGGGCACGUUCCUUCCGUAGUCCGUUGGGGUAGCCUUUGGCGCUCGUAAGAGGAGGAGGAGGAGGAGGGUGGGAAAGAGAGAGGGAGGAGGAGGUGGUGAGAGGCGUGACUUGGAAGCAGCAGCUAGAGGGACAGGGCGCGCGCGCGCGCAGCGGAACGGGGAGGGGGUAGAAGGUGAGGGUGAGAGAGAGGGUGCGCGUGCGCGUUGCCGCCGCCGCUGCCACCACCACCACCCCCUCGUCCUCUACCGCUUCCGUCAUCAUGGCUCACUCCCCUGUGCAGCAGCCCGGCCUGCCGGGGAUGCAGAAUCUGAAAGCAGAUCCGGAAGAACUUUUUACAAAACUGGAGAAGAUUGGCAAAGGUUCAUUUGGUGAAGUUUUUAAGGGAAUUGACAAUCGAACUCAAAAAGUUGUUGCUAUUAAAAUUAUUGAUUUGGAAGAAGCUGAAGAUGAAAUAGAAGACAUUCAACAGGAAAUCACGGUGCUAAGUCAGUGUGACAGCCCCUAUGUUACCAAAUAUUAUGGAUCCUAUUUAAAGGAUACAAAAUUAUGGAUUAUCAUGGAAUACCUUGGUGGAGGCUCUGCUCUUGACUUGUUAGAACCUGGCUCUCUUGAUGAAAUCCAGAUUGCUACAAUAUUGAGAGAGAUUCUGAAAGGACUUGAUUACUUACAUUCUGAAAAGAAAAUACAUAGAGAUAUUAAAGCUGCUAAUGUGCUGCUUUCAGAACAAGGAGAAGUAAAACUAGCAGACUUUGGUGUAGCAGGACAACUUACUGAUACACAAAUAAAGCGGAACACUUUUGUAGGAACACCGUUUUGGAUGGCACCAGAAGUAAUAAAGCAGUCAGCCUAUGACUCAAAGGCAGAUAUUUGGUCAUUGGGCAUAACAGCCAUAGAACUUGCAAAAGGGGAGCCGCCUCAUUCAGAACUGCAUCCAAUGAAAGUUUUAUUCCUGAUCCCAAAGAACAAUCCACCAACAUUAGAAGGAAACUACAGUAAACCUCUGAAAGAGUUUGUUGAAGCUUGCUUGAACAAGGAUCCAAGCUUUAGACCCACGGCAAAAGAACUCCUGAAGCACAAAUUUAUUAUACGCAAUGCAAAGAAAACCUCUUAUUUGACGGAUCUCAUUGACAGGCAUAAAAGGUGGAAGGCUGAGCAGAACCAUGAUAACUCCAGCUCUGAAGAUUCAGAUGGAGAAACAGAUGGCCAAGCCUCAGGUGGUAGCGAUUCAGGUGACUGGAUAUUCACCAUCCGAGAGAAAGAUCCCAAGAAUCUAGAGAACGGAGCUACUCAGCUACACGAGUGGGAGAGAAACAAGGAAAAUACUAUUCAAAGGCGGCCUUUGUCUCGGUGCUUAUCUACAAUAAUAUCACCAUUAUUCACAGAGCUGAAAGAAAGGAGUGAAGCGUGUGGGGGAAACAUGGGAUCCAUAGAAGAACUGAGAGAGGCUAUUUACUUAGCUGAAGAAGCGUGUCCGGGCAUUUCAGAUACCAUGGUGACAGAGCUUGUAGAAAGACUCCAGAGGUAUUCGGUAACCGGAGGAAGUGCAUCAUCCCACUGAAGUAUUGUUUCGCCAUGUUUGUUUAACCGUGGGCACCUGUUUCGAUGCUGGUCUGCCAUGCAGUUGGUCAAUGGUGUGCUCUCCAGUAAAUGGACAUUCUUGAAGGGGCAGCAACAGGAAAUGGGUGCCUCACCCGAGGGCAUUGUGGCUCGGCUCUGUAUAGUUUUGUUUUUUUUUUAAAGAAACUAAUGCACAUAUUCGAAGGAGGUAUCUUUUUAAAUCUCUGAGAUGUAUAUUUAGGAUUGCUAUUAGGAAACUGAAGCUGUUGUGAAAUCUCAGGUAUCUUGCUUUAAGUCAUUGGUCUUCAGCUGCUGGGCGAGGAUCUUGAAGUUGGCUGCAUCCCAGCCUUUCAUGGGUGCACUAGUGUCAGCAAUGCCAUUUUCUUUGGGGGGGGGGAUGUUUAUUUUAAGGAGGGAGGGAAGCGGGGGGGGCGAAGAGAAGUUAAAAAGUGGGCUCCAUGUUACAGGUAGGUGUUAAAGAUGGGUCCCUUGUCCAAAAAGUUGAAGACAACUGCUUUAAGUCGAUAAAUCUGUGAACUGGAAACAUGAUUGGCUCUGUGUAUAGAUUUGUAUAUAGUCACUUUUUUUACUGAAUCCUAUUCAAUGUGCAUCUGGAAUCCUUCUGUACAAACGGCCAAGUUUUUCUGUAGAUAAUGCUUGUGGGGUAAAUAUUUUGGCAGAUCACAAUUGAUUACUGGCUUGCCUUUGUUACACGGACAUUUUGGAUUUUGCGACAAGAGGUUUGAUUUGACCUUGUGCUUAUAGGUCAGAAUAACUAAAACCCUGCCAUAAAAGGUGCAGAGUUUCCUCUUGUUUUGUCAUACAGUGUUCCUCUUUGUAUAAUCCGGGGUUGGUUCCCUAAUCAUGGUACGACUUUGAUUAUUUUAAUUUACAUCUUGUUUCCUUUUAAAUUGUCUAAUAUUUGUGUUCUUUGAGUGGCUUUUAUAAUCUGUUGAAAAUCGUGCCAAUUUUUAAGAUUUGAAUUCCCCUUUGGUAGGUUUAUUUAAAGUUAGCUGCAAAAUCUGACCGUCUUGUACAAUUAAACUAACAAGAAAAACGCUUUGAAAUACCUCCUAGAAAUGUUGGCCGGAUAAUGGCAGUUUUGUAAGGCACUGUUCUUCAAAAAUGAUGGGGAAGAUGGUAAAAUGUGAUGCAUAUGAGAACAUACAAUCAUAUCUCCCUCUGUAACAAUCAUAGAUUUGGCUUCAGCUUUGCAUCCAAGAUCCAUUCUUGAGGAAGAAAAUGCUUUGAUACAUUAUCAGGACUUGAAAUAGAAAUUCUUGCUGCUGCUGCUGCUGUUUCUUCUGGUUAAUUUGAAUAUCUGUAUAUUUGGUUGUUGCUUCUUUUUGUGAUUCUUUCUUUGAACUUGGCCUGUGUUAAAAUGGGCAGAAAUAAGUACAAUGCUCAGGCUGGGGAAGUCUUUUUGUUAAUGCUGUAUAAUGAUCAGAUAGUUGGGUGUUUUUUUCCCCCUUACUGAAGCAAAUUUUGGUUAUAGCCAAUAUUUUAGUAUUUUAAUCUUAAAAAAAAAUUAAAAAUGCAACAAUGGUAAAAGUCCAUCUUUGUCUGGAAAGUUAGCCCUCUGCGCCAAAAUGUUAAUGAUUAAACCUUUAAUGAGAGGUUUGUUGUGUGAUGAUGACCAUUUCUUGAUAAAGCACUGAAAUGGACUAAUAAUAAGCAGGGUGUGCUGGAAACUUCUUGCAGUGAUCCAUUACUGUAAAAAUAAAAAAAAGAAAUUAACUUUCAGUUAGCAGCUUCAGUUUAAGGUUUUAAAAUAAGAGACAGGAAACCUUUGAAGAUUUGGUUGUCAAAACAUUCCUGUUUUUCUGAUUUUGAAUUUGUUUUCUGCGCUACUUUUAUAAUUUGACAUCUCAAAUAUUACAUUCCUUUACAAAUUUCCUUUUAGGUGACUGGUUGAAGGCUUGUGAAAAGAUUAUUGUUCUGCCAGCUUGCAGUCAAUCAUAUUCAUGUUCACGCAGAAUUAUUUUAAUGAAAGUGUUUGGAUUUCCUUCCAGGUGAACAUGUGUGUAUGAGAAUGCAACUUCAGGGAUCUAUUUGGAUAUUCACAAUUAUAUUAUGAAGCAAAAGAUUUUAUUAGUUCCACAGACUAAAUAAAAUUAUGGUUCAAAGUGUAGUGUUUUAAAGUAAAAGGUCAGAUCUCUCCUGAUGAUAGCAGUAAAAUCUUUCAAUCCACAAGCAUCUCUCUUUGGGGGAAGAGAUGCAUUUUUAUGUUGGCCUUUCAUAUUAAAGUUUAUAGCCCCUCA